UUACCUGGCAGACAAUGGACAUGAAGGCCUAUCUCCAGAGGGUGAAUUUGACAGAUACUGCACCUCCUUCCCUCUCUGCAUUACGUGAAUUACACCGCCACCAUGUAUACUCUGUGCCUGUGGAAGGUCUCAGCAUACAUAGCGGGGAAAGAAUUAUCUUUGACAUUUCGUGGAUAUAUAAUAAAAUAGUUGUUAGGAGACGAGGCGGUUUCUGUUAUGAGAAUAAUGGACUUUUCUUAUGGGUGCUGCAACAACUGGGCUACAAAACACAGGUGCUGUCAGCCAGGGUGAGGAACCAAACAUAUGGGACUUAUGGCCUUCCCUUCGACCAUAUGAUAUUGAUGGUAGAAGUAGAAGGAAGGAGAUGGCUUUGUGAUGUUGGUUAUGGUGAAGGGAUCGUUGAGCCAUUUCCGCUGGAGGUCGGAUGGGAAGAGGAGCAGGACAGCGGUGUGUAUCGGUUACGGGUGGAGGGAGAGGCGUGGUACAUGGAGAGAAAGGAAGAUGAUGGCUGGAGGAGUCUCUUCAAGUUCACCCUCGUGGAGAGGACAUUUGAGGAUUUCCGAGAAAUGUAUGAAUAUCAGCAGACCUCACCUGAUGCUUUCUUUGUUCGAAAAUCCCUGUGCACCCUACAGCUCCCCCAUGGACGGCUGACUUACAUGGGACACCGGCUGAUCAGCACAAAGUACAUCAAAGGAGGCAGAAGUGUGAAGACCACCCAAGAACUCACUGAAGAAGAGAUUCCAGGUGUGCUCAGAGAUAAAUUUGAGAUUGUCCUGAGUGGGAAACUGAUACCGAAAGAUGACUAA